AAGACUCAUUCACAGAUUGUCUCUUCUUGAAAGAACACUCCCAUAUUUUGAAACUCGGAAUAAAUUUAAGUAUUUUGUCUUGAAAAAUAUUUACAAAAAGUGGAUACAUAUUUCAUAAAAGUAUUUACUUAACAAAACGAAGUUGUUAAAAAGAUUAGACUAGCAAAGUGUGAAGUUGACGUGUUUUUUUCUGUGCAUUCACAUGCGAACAAAAAACUGUAAAAUAUUUACAAAAGUAAACUUUUGUAUUGCUGAUAAUUAUUAUUAAAAUUUUUAAAAGUGGGUACAUACCAAAACCAAGUUUCACAAAUCAGACUUAUUUACAUAUCCUCGCAAAAGAAUUAAGUUGGCGUGAUUUUGUGCAUUCACUUGAGAACAAAGAAGUGAAAAACAUUUAUAAAAGUGCAUACAUUUUUCAGAUAUUACCAUUCAGUAAAAUUAUUUACUUAACAAAACCCAUUUUCACAAAUUAGACAUAUCCACAAAGUAAUUCGAGAAUAUUUCUUACAUUUUGUACAUUCACAUGCGAACAAAAAAGUGAAAUAUUUGUAUUAACAGAAGUGUAUAUUUCUGAUUGAUUAUUUCCAUUAAAAUUAAAAUACGUAUAAAACCCAAAUUUCAAGAUAUUUAAAAAUCAGACUUACGUAAAAGCAGUGAUUUCUAAAAUUUCCAAAAUUUUGCGCAUUCAUAUGCGAACUAAAAAGCGGAAAAAAUGUGCAAACCAAAGCAUCCCAAGAUAACCAAGGGGUCAUCGUCCCACUCCCUGAAUAAAACAUUAGUCUCCCGUAAAAAGUGUCCCCCGAUCGAACCCACCACCAAUUUCAUCCUGGGGUACGGCUCCUUAAUAAAUCCAGACUCCAAAGAAGUCACGCAUCCCGGAUGUGGCCCCUCAGUCCCCGUCUUGGUCAAAGGUUUCAAGAGAAUCUUCAACUGUGCUGGACUCCUGUUGGGGAAGAAGACCACAUUUCUUGGCGUGGAAGAGGACAACGCGUCCUAUUUCACUGGGGUGGCAUUUCCGGUCAAGAGCAACGCCACUCUGAUGGAAUUUGACCAGAGGGAAGCGCAUUACAAGAGGAAGCUCGUGGCUGAGGAGAAUGUCAAGUUUUUGGAUGACGAGGAUCACAUUAGUGAUGGGAAAAAUCUUCUCAGAUUCUGGAUUUACGUUCCGCAAUCAAAAUUCGUCACCAAACCGAGCAAACCACAUCCCAUUUACCAAUCCUACUUUGACAUUUUUGUCGAUGGCUGUGUCAAAAUUGGGAAGCAGUUCGAAAUACGGAACUUUGCGCAGGAAUGUCUACAAAGUACGGAAGGCUGGUUGGAUCCUUUCUUUGGGGGGAAAAAUUGCUGGGAGUUUGACCGCGAUGAGGGCAUCGACAAGCUGAAGAUUGUCCACGAUACGAAAGAAAUUGAUGAGGAAAUUAUGUUCUUUGUGGAAACUUACAUGUUAUUUAUUGGCCACAGAAAGGAGGACGAGAUUGAAUAUAUUUUAGAGAAAUGAAGAAGUAAAUAAAGAAUCUCAUUUUUGUACAAAGUUAUUUAAGAA